AUGGCUGGAGUUGGCAAGACCACACUUGCCAAGAAAGUUUACGACAGCCAACAAGUGAAUACACACUUUGACUGCAAAGCAUGGUUCAGGAUCUCUCAAUCAUACAAGCCAGGUGAGCUCCCCAAAACCAUGAUAAAGAAGCUAUUAGAAAAAGAAGUUCCACUUGAUAAAGGAAUUGAUUCAAUGGACCAGAAGUCACUCAUUGGCAAGCUAAGAGAAUAUUUAAAGGAAAAGAGUAAAGCAUUUAGAGGUCAUUGUCCCCCUGAGUUGAAGGAAGUAUCACAUGAAAUUGUUAGAAAAUGUGAAGGAUUGCCACUUGCAAUUGUGGCAAUAUGUGCUUUCUUGUCCAUCAAACAAAAGGAUAUAUCCGAAUGGCAAAAGUUCUCUGACAAACUAGGCUCUGAGUUAGGAAGGAAUCUUACAAGCAUAAAAAAAAUUGUGUUGUUCAGUUACAAUGAUCUGCCGCACUACCUGAAAUCAUGUUUCUUGUACUUUGGCAUAAUACCGGUGGACUACUCUAUUAGCCGUGGAAGACUAAUUCGGUUGUGGAUUGCUGAGGGUUUAGUUGAAGAGCGGAAAGGAAACACAUUGGAAGAAGUUGCAGAAGAAUACCUGACUGAGUUGAUCAAUAGAUGCUUAGUUCAAGUGUCAACAACAAAAAUUGAUGGAAGAGUUAGAGAUUGUCGGGUACAUGAUAUAGUGCAUGAAAUCAUUCUCCCAAUGUUAGAGGAGUUUAGUUUCUGUCAACUUAUGGAAGAAGAGAAUUCAAGUUUCAAUGACACAACUCGCCGACUAUCUAUGCAUAUGCAUUAUUGCUGCACUAUGGAUAAAGUUAUGGAAAGCAUUAUUAAAUCUCCAGUUGGUGCUGUUUUUCUUUUUCAAGUGGGAGUGGGAGAGCUACCAAAGAAGCCCUUAUUGGGAUGCUCCUUUGGAUCAACUUCAUCAGGAAGUGGGAAAUCUAUUUCUUUUGAGAUACCUAAGCAUAAGGAGAACAAAUGUGGGGAUAAUUCCAAAGUCCAUAGGCAAGUUGCAAAACAUACAGACUUUGGAUAUGAAUUAUUCCUUUGUGAGAGAGCUCCCAUUUGA